AUGGCGAAUCAUCCUCCUCCCCCUCAGAAGAUGAAAGCACUGAGAUUGCUCGAGUACAACAAGGGCUAUAAACUUUGCGAUGAUGCCCCAGUACCAAUCCCAAAGCCAGAUGAGGUUCUUGUUCGUGUAGCCACUGCUGGCUUUUGCCACUCUGAUCUCAUGGUACAUCAUGGUCUUACACAGGUACCGUUGCCAUUUAUCGGUUCUCAUGAACCAGCUGGCACUAUAGUCAACCGCGGGUCUGACGUACCAGAAGGUUGGCAUGUGGGAGACCGUGUAGGAGUUACAAACUUUAUGGAUCCUUGCGACAAUUGCAAGGGAUGUAAAUGGGCAACCCAGACUAUCGGGUCUCUUGAUCCAAGGUUCUGUGACAAUAGAACCAUGUGCGGCAUUCUCCGUCGCGAUGGAGCGUUUGCUGAGUAUAUGACUUCUUGGCAUGGCGCUCUUGUUCAUCUGCCGGAUAGUAUGAGUUUCGAGCAAGCAGCCCCUUUGAUGUGUGCUGGGGCAACUGUUUGGCACGCCAUCAACCAAGCGGAUGUACAAGCAGGACAGACUGUAGCUAUAGUUGGAAUAGGCGGUCUUGGGGUCCUUGGUAUCCAAUUUGCAAAAGCUCGAGGUUAUCGAGUUGCAGCCAUCGACAACCAUGAGACGGGGCUGAGGCUCGCAACAGAGGUUCCUUCUCAUCUUAAACCGGAUCUCAUCCUCAAAUACGAUGAUCCAGAAACGAUCCGAAAGAUCUCUGAUUUCACGGACGAGAUUGGUCUCAAGGCUGCUGUUAUAUGCAACAGCGAUGACGACGCCAAUGACUGGGCCGCUCAUCAAUUGCAACCAAGAGGUGUAUUGGUCGCAGCUGGCUUCCCGGACAACGGACUCAGAUUUGAUCCGAUGAAUCUUGUGUUGAGAGAGAUUGUAGUUAAGGGUAUCGUUCACUGCAGUAUGGAGGAAACUAGGGAGAUGAUGAAGUUUGUAACUGACCAUGGGAUUCGAAGUCGUCUGAGCUUGCUUACAAUGGAGGAGGCAGAAGACAUUAUUGCAAAGACCCAAGCUCAUACGUUGAUUGGCCGUCCAGUCGUCAUGAUUGAAGGGUAG